CCUCAUACGAGUAUUAGUAGUACUUCAUCAUACAACGUACAUACUUACUAUCAACCCUCUCAUUUUCGACCUUGGACCUCGUGUCGCCCGUGGUUGAUUCUCUGUCUCUGAGCGAGUUACCCACUUUCUCUCCACCUGCCGCCAAAAUGGGCAGCUUCACGUUCCGGUGGCCGUAUAAUGGGAAUGAAGUCUUUGUUACCGGCACCUUCGACGACUGGGGAAAGACUGUUCAUCUUGACAGAAAUGGCGAUGUUUUUGAGAAGACAAUCUCACUUCCCGAUACGGACGAGAAAAUACAAUACAAGUUUGUCGUGGAUGGUAACUGGACUACCGAUAGCAGUGCCCCUCAGGAAAGCAUCGGCGGCAACAUCAACAACGUACUCUACCUUGACCAGAUUAAAGACAGCUCUAUUAUUACCGACAUUCCUCAACUCUCUGGUGCUGCGGUCAUGUCGGGAGUGACUCCAGACUCAUCAACUGCUGCUCUGGCAGCCAACGUCCCCAAGGAAAGCGAGAAGAAAGCCUCCACCCUGUCCUCCGCUGCUCCCGAGUCGACAACGGCCAACUUGGCGAAGCAAAUUCCAUUCGAAAACAAUAAUAAUGAAGGCGUGCCUGGUUCAUUCCCAGACACGCCUGCAACUGAGGCAGAAACAUUCUCCGUGAACCCCAUUCCUGCCUCCAGUGGUGCGAGCAACCCUAUCAAGUUGAAGCCCGGAGAGAAGGUUCCUGACCCCAGCACCACUCAUUCGAGCACCGUCCAGUCGACUGCCCGCACCGAUCUAGCUGGGUAUGAGCAGGAUCCCAGUGGAUCGCUCGCAGGACUACCCACCGCUACGAACCCGGCUGCGUCCCAUCCCAAUCCCAGCGGCGGACGUCGUCAAAGCAAAAUCGUCCCUGAAUCGGGUCUGCCAGUGGACGGCGAGAGUGUCGGUUUGACAGACACAGGUAUCACCAUUGAGACUACCACACCGUCUGCGACUACUGUUGGUCUCGCCUCUGCCGUCCCGCUCGAAUCUCAGAAACAACACUCCAGCAGCGGUGCUGGUGGCCCGGUGAGCGAGGUUCCGAGCAGAGUGAGGAACUCGAUCUCUGAGGCACAUCAGGACCCGGAGGCCGCGGCUAGCAAAGGUGCUGUGGAGGAAAAGAAGGAGUUUGAGGACGAGCUGAAACAAAAAGUCAAGCCUACUGAGGCGGGCGGGACACCAGGUCCCACGACCACUGCCGCAACAACAGAGACUGCACCUGUCACUACCGGCGGUGCAUUCCAGUCGGGACAAGUGUCCCCUCGUUCACCAUCUCCAUCGGAGCCAACAGUCACGACCGGGGUUGCUAGUUCCAAAGCGCCUGGGGUUUCUAACGCCGCAGGCGUGUCUUCCCCUUCAUCUGAAGGACCAACUGUCACAACAGGCCCUGCCGAAUCCAAAGCACCCGAGGUCUCUAGUCCCAAAGACACUUCGGCCCCGGAAGGAGCCGGAGCCGCAGCGGGGACAGAGGACAAGGAUAUUGGGAAAGCCAUCUCUGAAGGAACCCAUACUGACGCCCGUGGACAUAGCAGCUUGACAGGACCACCCAGAACUUCUGGAUCCACUUCUGGGCCAGCGACUGGUGCAGGACAAACUGGAACUAAGUCCUCUGAGCCUAAACAGGAUGGGUUUAAGCCGGGAUAUUCCAAGCAGACCGGCGCCGGUGACACUUCCGCGACGAAUGGUAACGGUAACGGUAACGGAACUGUCCGCAAGGACUAUGCCGAUCAGGCACAAGGAAAAGCGAACGAUGUUGCCAAGGAGCAGAAGAAGAAACACCGUGGUAGUGGACUCUUCCAGAAGCUCAAGGAGAAGUUCAAAUAAAUGCUAAGCAGUGACUGGCGGCUAUAUAUCCUUUUGUUUAUGUCUAUGACUUGAUGUUUAUCCUCUUUUGCUUUGUUCAAGACUUUCUAGUUAUUGUUUUGAUGAUUAACUCGAUACCUUGCUGUUGUUCGUUUAUUGUCAUACUAGGACUAGUUUUAAUUGAUCUGAUGGCAACUAGAUUCGCAUUACACGCUUUUUAGUCCAUAUAAAUACUAAACCAUUAAGGAACUACCUGUUUGUACUCCAAUACUCCGCGAACGCCAUGUCAUAUAGGUAUAAGAUCGCUAACUUGCGCGUUCAAUUUCACCGGAUAUGCA